GACAUUUCAAAAUCAUGAUUCUAAAAUUUACUUGGUGUGCUUUUAUUUUACGAGUUACACUCUUCUUAGCUGUAGUGAAAAUUAGCAGACAGCACCCACAGAACGGUGCAACAUCUCAAGCUCAACUUGAAACUGACAAAAAUUUAUAUGAAUUAAAUAUAAAAUUACCAGAUAAUGGCUUUAGAAAUGAAAUUGCAAAAUUUCAGACAUCUGAAAGUUCCAAAGAUGAUCUAUCUGUUACUGGAUUCAUAGAAAUAAAUUUCGUAAUAUCGAAUGCAAUCGCGAACUGGUCUUAUACUGCCGAUAAGAAUGGAUUUUUAGCUCGUUAUAUCUACAAACAGUUAAAGGAUACUCAACAAUAUUCUAGCUAUACUUCAACAACCUUUCGUCCAACUACACCAUCAACAACUUACACCACGCCAACAUAUCCGACAACCAGAACACCAGCAACAUAUAGACCCCCAACACAGUCUUUAAGUCCGAAUGCUUUAAAAAGUUCUGGCGGUUAACAUAGUGAACAUAGG